AUGAACGAAUUCUAGCAUCUCCACUGCUCAGCUUCAAGUGUAUACAUAUGUCUGCAGGAAUUGUGUGUGCUCGCAUGCCUAAGUGACAAGGUCAGGGGUUGUUUACCGGACCAGGACAUCACUGGAACAUUCUUGUCGAUGACUUCAGCACAGUAUAACCUAUGGACCAUGUAACAAUCCGAAAAUGUCAAAGUUUAAAGAUGACAGUGAUAUCAACGUGGGUGGUCGAGAGGGAAAAGUCCCAGCGCGCAGACGUUUGUCUUCAGGCGACCUUCCAUUCAUGACAUUAGCUGGCUGGUCCCAAGUCAGUCCAGUAACAUUAGCUGCAACACCUGAUGACCUGUUGACACCGGAAGAGAGCUUCUUUAUUGGUAGAGUCAGUUGCUCAGCUCAUUCGUCCGUCUGUAAGGAUGAUGGGACGGAAAGUCGACACCAUAUCCGGUUAACGGAAGUGGUUCCCUCAAACAGCAGUAUAAUUGGAGGAAACAAUCAUGAUGCUUGGAAACCCUCCCUUGGCAUCUUCACUUCUAAAAAGCAAGGCCACAAUCUGGAUAAGUCAUGCUCGAAACGCAUACGAUCAUACUACAAGGCUCAGGACGAGUUAAUUGAGGCUUACGAGGAGAUUCAGUUAGAAGUAGACGAUGAAAUGGAUAAUGCUGAAACUGCUUUGAAACUCCGCCGUAAAGCAGUCUUCUACGCCAAGCUGAGCCUAUUAACCAACGUGCUCCUGUUUGUGGCGAAGACGGUAGCGUCUGUGUUAUCGGGCUCCAUCUCCAUCAUUUCCAGUCUGGUGGACAGCUUUGUUGACCUUGCUGCAGGUCUGGUAAUUUGGAUAACCGCUAGAAUGGUUAAGCGCAGAGAUCCAUAUGUUUACCCCCAAGGUCGAACUAAACUUGAACCUAUCGCCAUCAUUAUUCUGUCUGUGAUCAUGAGCUUUGCUUCCCUUCAAUUAAUCCGUGAGUCGGUGGAGAAAGUAUUCGGUCUGUAUGAUGGUGUUGCUGUCCCACCAACAGUGGAUAUCCCAACAAUUGUUAUCACCUUGUCGGCUGUAGUGUCAAAACUGGUCCUGUUCCUUCUUUGUCGUCGUAUCCGCAGUCCUAGUGUUCUGGCUUUAUCUCAGGACCACAGGAACGAUGUUGUCUCCAACAGCUUCGCUUUAAUCUUCGGUUACUUAGGUUCUCAGCAACUGCUGAACAAGACUGGAGAAUACGGCUUGGUAUACAUGGAUCCUAUUGGUGCUAUGCUAAUUUCGGUAUACAUUAUAAUUAGCUGGUGUAUAACAGGAUACACUCAAAUAAAACAUCUCACUGGACACACAGCCAAGCCGGAUUUCUUGAAGAAGUUGACGUGGAUUUGUGUGAACCAUCAUCCCAAAUUGUUGUUUGUGGACACCGUAAGGGCCUUCCACUUCGGUAGCAACUUCUUGGUAGAAGUAGACAUCGUGCUUCCCGAAGAAAUGAAAUUGGUAGAAGCCCAUGAUAUCGGAGAGACUCUCCAAAAGAAAUUAGAGCGUUUGUCAGAAGUUGAGCGAGCUUUUGUUCAUUUAGAUUACGAAUAUGAACAUAAGCCGUCAAGUGAACAUAAAACGGUGUAGGCGCUUCAGAGAAGACCAUGCAAGAUUCGUCAUAUGAUAAUAUGCAUUUAUCUAUGGAGACGUACGUGUUUGUAAUGAACACAGUUUUGUAUUUGUUAAAGGCAAAGACAGUCUUGAUAAACUGUUACUAGUCAUAAACAUCGCAAUGUAGCAAAAAGACUUCUGUACGUUAAAGAUAUGAAUCAUCCCACAGAAUUAUGAUUGCUCAAAAUACAAUGGAUGACAUUUGAAGAAUU